GCGCGAGCGAGUAUGUAAUAUCCCGUGUUGAUCAUUAACAGUCGGAACGCGAAUAUAUAUAAAUCGAUUAAUUACGAGGAUUCGCUUUCAAUUUUUUUGUUUCCUUUUUGUAAAAGUGAUGGAAUUUUUUAAAGCUCGUUGAGCAUCGUGCAAAAUUAGUGGCCGGUGUUUUUGAGGAACUUCUGCUCGCGGCUUACAUAGAAUAAGUAGGUAAUAAUAUUGAAGCACGUGGCCCAGAAGUGAAAGGUGUGAAAACGACAAAAAUUUGUAGAUAUAGACAAAAUCUGUCGACACAAGUCUGUACUUGUCUAGUCUUGUCUAGAAAAAAUUUUCAAUUUUGAGUUGGUCUAGGCUGCUGCACUUAACACUGCAACGUCUCUGGUAGCAUCGUGUAUCUAUGCCUUUCUCUUUCAUGGAAACUCCAUAGCCCAAUAAGACAUCGAAUUUGAUCGAAUCUAAUCUCACUGGGUGGGCGUGUCCAUGCGUAGUCAUAGUCUCGGACCGUAAUACCCAUGCGUAGUCAUAGAACUAGACAUAGCCACUACACGUGUUCGACUCAGUGAAGAUCACGACGCAGUAGUGUGAGCAGCAGAGAUAGAUCUCGUCGACUGCAGCGAGCGAUCACAAAAAAAAUGGCUUCGUCCAGCGAUGAAUGGGAUUUUGAUAUCGAGCAAUGUGACGAAGUAAACCAAGAAAAAUUGAGCAGUUUGAGACGCUUACUAGAAAACGUCGAUUUUACGAAAGCAGACGAGCGACGAACCCUUCUCUGGCGACUAGAUCUUCUGAUCAAAGAGUGGACGAGUCGACUUCCCGAUCUGCUUGGCGUCCUUCGUCCCGAAGAAAUCGAAGUUCUUCUCAUGGAUUCUAUGACUAACUUUACCGAACUAAGCCUGAUGCAAGAACGGUUCGUUACGUUCGUGGCUCGCAGCGGCUACAAGGACCAGCCCCAAGACGGCGAGGACGGCAAGCCAGCGCCGGGUCGCACCACACCGCUGCAUCAAGUGCUCAGGCAACGAAUGAAGCGCCGCGUUGCCUUUGCUCUCUUCAAAAUUUACAACAGAUUUGACGUGAACUUCAUCGACAACAGGGACGACAGUACUCAUUUGCACGUGGCCUGUGCGGCUGGCUGCGUCGACGCCGUCAAAAAAUUUCUCGAGCUCGGGCACGACCCCAACUGCCUCACGAGGGACGAGAAGUCGCCGCUGAACCUAGCUCUGCGUUACGAGCACGGCAAGGUGGCCGAAUUGCUACUGCGAAAUGGUGCGGAUCCAAAUUUCUGCGGCGCGAGGAGAUACACUCCUCUGCACACUAUUUGCACGAGAGGAAAUAGCGACGAUGAAUUAUUGGCCGAAAUGUUUUUCGACGUCUGCGACGAGCUUCGUUCAACGGUGCGAGUCAAUACCCAAGACAUUCACGGUAGGACAGCGUUGCACUCGGCAUUGGCCAUGAACUCCGACAACCGGAAGUUGGUCGAAUUGCUACUACGAAAAGGCGCCGAUCCCAAUAUGGCCGACAAUGAAGGAUCGACAGCUUUGCACAUCAUUUGCAUGAGAAGAGAUGACGGAAUGAUCGAGAUGUUAUUGAAGAUCUGUGCCGAGCUCGGUGUGACGCUGCAAGUCGAUGCUCGGGACAAGUCGGGCGACACGCCGCUACAUGCGGCUCUGUCCAACGGCCGCGUGCAGACGUCCGAGUUGUUGCUGAGGAACGGAGCAAAUCCGAAUGCAGCCAAUGCCAAAGGAUCGACUCCUCUGCACUCGAUUUGCAAGCAUCCCGAAGACAGCCACAUCUUGGCGCGGAGGGUAAUCGACGUCUGUGCCGAGCUUCGCGUGACGCUGCGAGUCAAUGCCCAGGACGCGUCGGGCGACACAGCGCUACACGUGGCUCUGUCCAGCGGCUGCAGAAAUUUGGCCCGAUUGCUGCUGAGUAACGGCGCCAAUCCGAAUUUGGCCAACGACGGCGGACUGACGGCUCUGCACGACAUCUGCCUGAAAGCCGACGACCAAGAGCUGGCCGAGAUGGUGUUCGAGCUCAGCCACGAGCGAUACAAGCCGAUCGAGGUGGACGCCCGGACGAAAUGCGGUCGAACGCCCUUGCACUGCGCCAUGAUGAGAGGACACGGAAUCGUUGGCCAAUUCGUGCUGAGACACGGGGCCGAUCCCAAUUUAGCGGACGGCGACGGACAGACGCCUCUGCACUACAUCUGUCAGAGAGAAGACGGCGGCGGGAAUCUGGCGGAGAUGUUCUUCGAGGUCGUCGACGAGAAACGUCUGCCGGUGCAGCUCGACGUCGGGGACAAUUGGGGCAAGACACCGUUGCACUGGGCCGUCAGCUACGAUCGGAGGGUGAUGGAAUUGCUGCUGACGAGAGGCGCCGUUCCCGAUGCGCCCGACGAGAAUCGAUCUACACCUCUGCACUUCGUUUGCGAGAGAGACGAGGACGAUGACUUGGUGGACGCGUUCUUCAGGCUCAGCACGCGGCCGGUGAACGUGGAAGCCGUGAAUGAUUUUUCCGGUACGCCGCUGGAAACAGCUAUAGAGAAUCUUCUGCCGCAUACCGUCGAGCAACUCAUACGUCAUGGUGCUGAUUUGGAAAGGAAUUUCUAUUUUCCUAGAGCGAAUUCAAUCGGUCAGAGAUACCACUAUGAAUUUGACGUUAUUUAUGUUAAAUUGAGACUGGCAGCCAAUGCUCUGGCCGUCGUCGAACGCCUUGAAAACGGAGGAUACGAGUUGGAACUAAUCGACGCUCUGCAGAUCAUGUCAUUUUUCGAUAGGCUCGGAUUGUACGAGAAUAGGGCGAACUUUCCUGAAAAUGUUCCUGAAAAUAUUGACCGAAUUGAGGAUGAUAUCGGAGAGUUGGUAGAAUACAUAAACGCAUUUGACUUAAUGGAAGAAGUGAUGAGAUACAACGAUACUAUGAUAGGUCCGAAUCUGUCGAUCCAGGACCUGUGCCGACUAUCGCCCGAAGAGGCAGGGAGAUUACUCGUGCAUCACCACUUCGAUUUUGUGCGUUCGAAAAAAAUUAGCGAGCUUUCCCAAAGGUAUGCGGAGGCUUGUAUUGUGCCUCUCUGCGAGGAGCUGAAGAGAAGAUUUUUCCGGAGAUGGGCAGCGGAUUGUUUCUACGAGUUGUCGUACUUCCGGCUGCCGAUUCUUUGCUGCGAAAGCGUCAUCGACAAUUUGGCAAUCAAAGAUUUGUGGAACAUUUGCUUGGCAUUUUUAGGUCGAAGCUCGGCGUAAUGAUAAGCAUGUUAUGAAAUAAAUCAUUUUAUAAUAAAAAGUUGAAUUCA